AUGGCGACAGACGAAGUGACUCUCCCCUUGGUCGACUUGAGUGGAUAUAUCAAUCCACAACAGCCAGGAGACAAAGAGCGAGUCAUCGCGGAGGUGAGAGACGCGUGUGCGAAGUAUGGAUUCUUCCAAGCGACCGGCCAUGGAAUUCCCCUGGGCCAGCAAAAGGGUAUGUUGAAGAGUAUCAACACUCUCUUCAAUAUGCCCGUGGAAGAGAAACGGAAGCUUUCGUUCUUGAAGAACCCUUGUCGCCGAGGAUAUGAAGAGUCUGGAGCAUCGCUUCGGGACGGUGAUCCUUUGCCGGACUCGAAAGAGGCUUAUUACAUCGGGCGAGAGGACCCCGUCGUAGAGCACUCCGGCUUCUACGGCCCGAAUGUCUGGCCGCCUCUCCCUGAGGAGGAAUUCCGCAAUCCCGUCUGGGAAUAUUAUCAAUCCACCCACCACCUCGGCCAGCUCAUCUGGGAGAUCCUUCUCCUUGGCCUCGGGCAUCCUGUUUCCCUCAUGGAAGAGUUCGCCAAGCGCCCAAUGGUGGUGUUGAAGAUGAUCCGCUAUCCCCCUCAUCGUUCCGAUCUCCCCGGUCAGUUCGGAGUCGGUCCUCACACCGACUUCGGCGGCAUCACCGUCCUUCUUCAGGAGGCUGGAAAGCACGGUCUUCAGGUCUGGCACGAAGGAUUGGAGCAGUGGCUGCCGGUGAAGGCCGCGGAGGACAUCUACAUCAUCAACUGCGGCGACAUGAUUGGAAAGUGGUCGGGGGGUCAGUACAAGAGUGCGAAGCACCGGGUCAUCAAUGCUGCGGAUAAUGAGCCGCGUCUGUCGUGCGCCACAUUCUUCCACGGCGAUCUGUUCGCGACGAACCCGCUGAACCCGUCAGACCCUAAUCGCGAGACUGUCGGGGCGCUGCUGGUGAAGCGGUUCCGCAAUCAAUUUUCGUUUGACAAGGAACUGAUCGCCGCUGUUGGAGCUCCAGCCUGA